AUGUUUGUAGUUGAUUGUGUUGUGGGCAGUGGUAGGCGGUACGGGGAGAUGUUGUCAAACGCUGCCGAAUCGUUCAAUAACUGGAUUCGUGAAGUGUGCCACCUUCCUAUUGCGCAGUUGGUUGAUGCUAAUGGGGGUCAAACUAUGGAACAAAUGUCAAAGCGUCGGGUGAAAGGUAACAAAUGGGUUGGCCAUCUAUGUCCAAAGAUGGAGAAGAAGUUGGAGGCCGAAUACAAAACCAGCAGGCCAUGGAUUGUAAGCCAAGCCAAUGAAAAUGUGUAUGAUGUGCACUCGCAUCCGUCAGUUUUAGUUGACGUCAACAGGCGUACUUGUUCAUGUUGUCAGUGGCAGGUGAAUGGGUUUCCGUGUUCAUACGCAGUGAUCUCAUUUCGCAAUAGCGGGAGAAAUAUAUCUGAUUCCAUUGAACCUUAUUACCAUGUUUCCGAGUUCAAGGCAUCAUAUUUUGAGUCCAUUCACCCUAUUCCAACAAUUGAAAAACCCAUCGCCACGCACACUGAUUACCUCAUAGCACCGCCCGUUGUUAAGCGUCCACCUGGGAGGCCAAAACGGAAGGGGAUUCCAUCUAGGGGGGAGGUGGUGCAACGUAUUCGGUGUGGACGAUGUGGGAAGAUGGGCAACCACAACAAGAAGACAUGCAAGGAACCGAUUUAG